GAGUGUAGAAAGGAGGAGAAAGGAGUGUGUGUGAAUCGGACUCUGAGGUGACCUCAAAACGUCCAGGUGGAACUGCAGACACACACAGCUCCUUUUGACUCACUGAACCUCAUCAUGUCACGAUUCAGCACACUUUCAGCUCAGGAGAGAAAGAAGCAAGCGGCGGCCAUUUGCAGUGAAAUCCACGGCACCACCAACGGGGAUACGAUGGAUCUGGGCAAAAAGCUCUCUGUCCCUAAAGACAUCAUGCUGGAGGAGCUCUCUCUCCUCUCCAACCGAGGCUCACGCCUCUUCAAAAUGCGGCAGCGCAGGUCCGAGAAAUACACCUUCGAAAGCAUUCAGAACGAAGCCAACGCCAUCUUAAAUAGUGAAGACCAGACUGAUGCUGAAAAUGCAGAAAACAAAACUCCAAACACUCCAGAUGCCAGAAACCCACCGAACCCUGAGGAGAUCGCACCGGGUUACGGAGGUCCGCUGAAGGAUGUUCCCUCGGAGAGGUUUAACGCUACGGCUCUGCCCAAAUCCUACCACUCGCCCUGGGAGCAGGCCAUCAUCAACGACCCGGCUCUGGCCGACACGCUGCAGCUCCACAUGCCCGCUCCGGAACCCAGAGCCCAGAUGCCAGACUACAAGAGCUUUAACAGGGUGGCCACACCGUAUGGAGGGUUUGAAAAAGCUCCUCGAGGAAUCACCUUCAAGGUUCCGGAGAUCGACCUGAACCCGCCGAGGUAUUCGGAGCUGCAGGACCCCACGGCCAAGCGGCCCACCUUCAACCGCACGGCUCAGGGCUGGAUCUCCGACGGAGUUCCUCUCAUUUUACCCACAAUCCCCAUGGAGCCGCUGGAGAUCCCCGAGUCUGACGACCUGUAAACACUAAACCCACCUCGGUGUGACGGAGCGAGUUCACGUCCACCAACAACAACCUUCAGCUUUGCAGCACUGAGGUACAGCCGAGAGGAUCAACACCUGGAGUUAAAAUAACAGCAGCUCUACAAGCAGCAGAUUCCUUCAACAUUUAUCUACAAACUCCAACAAAUAUUUUAGUGGAUCAUCUGCGACCACGUGAAGUCUGCAGCAGAUAUAACAAAACCUUCAAAAAUAAACACAAAAAGCUAAUAUUUUAAACAUUUGUAUAAAGAAAAUUAUAUUUUUGAGAAUAUUACGAUAAUAAUAAUGAUAGAAUUUAAGGCAUUAAAUAAGUUAUAUAAUUCAUAUUAAUAACUCAGUAACACAUUUAUCAGAACUAGAGAUUUGUAGAUUUUGUUGUGUUUAAUAAAAAUAAAUAAUUCUCACUGCAUCAGAAUA